GUGCAACAUUUAAAAAACAAAUAAUGUUGCAGCGAAAAGUCUCUUACGGCUGCUGAACACCAUCCAAUCAGACUGAGUCUCCCUUGAGAAUGCUACUGCUCUUCAGACAGUGAAGGCUGAACCUGGUGCGUGAGGCGAGCAGCUCAGAGGCGAAGGAUCUCAGAAUGAUGUCCUCUUUCUAUCAUCCGACCAAGGAGGCUGAGAUGGCGGCCAUGACGGAGCCACUCUGCUUAGAACGAGAUGUGUGCAGGGUGAUUGAGCUGCUGGACCGGCUGCAGAGAACCGGGGAGUUGCCGCCUCCCAAACUGCAGGCCCUACAGAGAGUUCUGCAAAGCAAAUUCUGUGCUGCCAUCAGGGAGGUAUAUGAGCAGCUAUAUGACACACUGGAUAUUGCCGGAGGUCCAGAGGUCCGAGCCCAAGCAACAGCCAAGGCCACAGUGGCAGCCUUCGCAGCCAGUGAGGGUCAUGCCCACCCGAGGGUGGUGGAGUUGCCCAAAACAGAAGAGGGCCUGGGCUUUAACAUCAUGGGCGGGAAAGAACAGAACUCCCCAAUCUACAUCUCCAGAGUUAUCCCUGGAGGAGUGGCUGAUCGCCAAGGAGGACUGAAGAGAGGAGACCAGCUGCUAUCUGUCAAUGGAGUGAGCGUAGAGGCGGAGCAACAUGAAAAGGCUGUGGAGCUACUGAAGGCUGCCCAGGGGUCAGUUAAGUUGGUGGUCCGCUACACUCCUAAGGUUCUUGAGGAAAUGGAGGCUCGUUUUGAGAAGAUGAGGAGUGCCCGGAGACGACAGCAGCACAACAGCUACUCAUCCCUAGAGUCCAGGGGCUAAACUAAGCCAAUACCUUCACCCACCUCAUCAUUAGACCUUUCUGACUCUUCUGUCAUUCUGAGGGGAGCUAACAGGAAUGAAAAAAUAACCAAAGCAGCCUGUUACCUGAAGCCAGCACAGAAGAUUUGGAUUUUCUCCUUUUUCCUUGUGCUUAUACCAGUCAGUAAUUCAAUUCCCAAAACCAGAAAAAACUCAUAAAAGGUUUUUUUAUGAGUGCAUAUGUUAAGAAUAGGUCUUGUAAGAAUAAGGGUGUAAUGUUAAUAUAUUCUAUUGGGAAAACUUAUUUGUCUUGUUACUUUAGAGACUGUUUAGUGUGUAUCUUAAAGCCAAUCUCAGUAUUCUC